UUGAGCAAGGCGGUGGUUCCGGGCUGUUGGAGUUGCCUGGGUUGGCGGACAGAUCUGCCAAUAAUGUCUCGCAGUGUUUACAGUGAGCGGAGCUCUUGACUACAGUGGAUACCCGGGCAACAUCGCGGGAAGAAAAAGGAAGAAGUGGAGGUGGCUGGGCAGCUAUAGAACCAGAUUAGCUCUAUGUGAUCGAGUAUUACACAAAAGGACUUGUCUUUUGAAAUCAUGUCUCGCCGAUUUACAAAGGAAGAAUUGGAUGAACAGUUUGAACAGUUUCUAAAAGAGUCUGUCUCUGACGAUUCCAUUGACCUGGGCAGCUCGCAACGGCCCAGUGUUUUAGACUCCCUUGGAAAAGCAGCCAAGAAAGAAACUGCAAACGCGCCUCCCAGACCCUGGUGGAACAGUGAUGACGACGACAACGACGUCAGCUCUGGUAGAGUACAAGAACCAAGGAAAAGCAGGUUUACUAAAGUGAAAAAGCCACAGGCUGUCCAUAAAGAAGCAGAGGCUGUGUUUAAAAAUCCCAUUGGUGGAGAGGAAUGCAGGCUUUCUGAAGGGUCUACUGAGGUUUCAUCUAAACCAACACCUAAGGUGCGCAGCAAGGCUCUGGAUAAGUUGAAUCGGCUGGAACAGCGCUACAUUGCUAAAAAGGAAGCCUCUUCCAAGCUACAAGGGGAAAGCAAUGACACUGAUUCACAGGGCAGUGGAGAUGGAAUGCUAGGAACAGGAAAGAAUUUUCUGAAGUCUGUGAGAAGUUCCCAGCCCAUAAAGGAAGAAGAUGAGGACCAAAAGGAGAAGAAACCAGGUGAUCACCAAGAAACAAAUCCUGUAUCUUUCAGCAGAGACAGCCUGGAGCCUGAAGAAUCAGUGGUGGCAUCGGGACCAGAUCAGAGUGCUGCUGGGUUUGGAAUGGACACUUUGGAUGAGGAGGAAGAAAAAGCGAGAUUUUUUGCUAAGCUUGAGAGUGGUGUUUCGUCUACAAUUGAUUACUCGAAGUUAAACAAAGAGCUGGACUCCACAGGCUCCACUGUUAUUGCAACCCUGAGAAAUGGUGAAAAGCUGUUGAGUGAGGAGGAGCACACCAAGGAAGUAAAGGACAAUUCUAAAAGUACUCCUGUUUCCCCUAAUUACAGUGAAGACUUUGAAGAUGAUACCAGUGAAAAGGAAGGUCAUGACCAGCUGUCGAUACACAAGCAGCGGGAGGGCGAGCUGUCAUGUCGGGACGAGUCUGCAGGAAAGGCAGCAAGUGAGGAUGUACAACCUGAUCAGUACAGUGCCGUGCAAUCAGGUUCUCAUCAGAAAUCAGAAGCACCUGCAAUGCUGGCAAAAGUGUCUCUGCUUGAUUCACUGGAGUCAACAGCUGAGGCUCAGAAGCGCAAUAUAACAAAUGAAAAAGCUGAUAAGGAGAUGGAAAAUACAGAACCCAGAGAGCAGGAAAUGACUGGAACUGCAGUUUCAUAUGGACAGAGUGGUGCCAGUGACAUGGAAGCAUUGCAUGAAGCCUAUCGCAAGAUAAAUUACUCCUUCGGAGACUCGGAUGGGUAUCACGAAAUACCUGAACACCUACAGAAAAAAAAUUUCAUUGUUCAAACGCUGGAAAGCACAAGAGAAACGGCACCGAAUGUCACUACCACGGAAUCAGACCUGCCUACUGCGGAAGAACUGAUGAAACCCAUUGGCGUGGGACCUGGUUUUGCACGUGGGUUUGCGCUGCAGCCAGUCAGUGAAAGUGGAUGUCUGGCUGAAACCAUCGAUGAGUUCUCUCAUAAAAUAUCCUUGAUGGAACACAAGAACUCAGAGGACAGUAUUUUAGAUUAUUUCUCUGGAGGUCCAAAUAAGGAAAACUUCUCUGGGAUCUUACGAGCAAGAGAGGAUACAAAGACUGUCAAGCAAAGUAAAAUUGCUGAUGAAGUGGAUCAUUUAAUGAAAUAUGCUGAAGAUUCGAAGGUUAAGAGACUUCCUAGACACUCGUCACCUGUUCUAAAUAAAAACAAAACGCAGCAGACUUCCGGGUGUUCUCCUGUUUUAUUGGGGAAGUCUUUGAUUCCUGGUCCACAAACACCAUCAAAACAAAUUAAAAGCCCUCAGACAAAAAAUAAGAAAACGGUUAGUGGCUCCUCUCAGUCCACAAAGAGUUAUGGUUUCAGCAAAAGUAGCUCAUCAGUGAAGCAGUCCUCUCCUGCCAGUGAAAGGAAGACCUUAAAUCAAGGAAUGAAGAGGAAUAGUACCAAACACAAAUCACCAGCAGAUCCAGCUGCAGUCAGGACAAAAGGUGGAGAUUCACAGGCUUUGCAUCCCACUCAGUCCGGACUGAAAAUGAACAAUGAGCUAAUUGCAUCAGUGCAGUCGUUUGCUGCUUUUCUCCAGCAGCAAAUUGAUAGGAACCCACAAGGCUUUUUGAAUUCUCAAUUUCAAGCAAUGGAACAUUCUCAAGAUCUGGUGCAAGAAUUCCCAGGUGCAAAGCAUAUUUCAAGAGCUCCACAGAGCAUGCAUAGGGAAAUUUCCCUUCUGAAGCAUGCAGAAGAAGCACAGGAAAGGUGGAGCUCAGAACACGUCCUUGUGGAAGAACUCAAAGCACAGUUGAUACAGAAGGAAAAGGAACUUAAGAACCAAGAAGAGGAACUCAAGUUUGCACACAGCAAGGAAGUAUUUAAUCUAAAACAGGAAAACUAUAUCCUACAAACUAAGCUGCACAGUGUGGAGGAAGCCAACAACAAGAAGAACUUGAUUUUUGCAGGUGCUACUGAUCCUGUGACAGAAGACAAGUUAAAACUCAUAGAAAAAGAACUGAAGGAACAAGAGAUACUUAUUCAGGGUUAUCAUCAGGAGAAUGAAAAGCUUUACAGACAGGUGAAAGAGCUGCAGAACCAGAACAAACUCAAUGAGGACAAAAUGUUCAAAGAAAAUCAGCGGUUAAUGACUGAACUUGCAUCGACAAAGGAACAAAUUACCAGAAAUAAUCUGCAAAAAGUUCCUGACAAUGGCAGUGAGCAGAGCAGAGAUCACAGCUUCACAGAACUAUUAACACAGCUGCGUGCUGCACAGGGGGGAGAAGCCAGGCUUAUGGAGGAAGUAAGAAGACUAAAACAAGACAAACAGUCAUUAGAGCUGGAUCUAGAGGUCAUGAAAAAGGAAAGGGAUCUAGCUAAAGCCCAAGCUGUUUAUGUUUCAGGUGACAAGACCUUUGAGAUGAAGGUUAUGGGAGAAAAAUACAAUCAAGAAAUAGCCGAUUUAAAGAAGAGAUUGCAGUGGUAUGCAGAGAACCAGGAACUGCUGGAUAAAGACACCAUGAGACUCCAAGCAGCAACCUCUGAGAUUGAGAAACUGAAAGAGCAGGUAGAGAAACUUAAGGCUGAAGUUGGAAACCGAAAUAUUCAGCAACAAAGAAAGAUGAAGGAGCGAGUGGGGGAUGCAAAGAGAAUUCAAGACCUGGAACGACAGGUAAAGGAAAUGGAGGAGAUUAUCAGGAGAAGACAUCCAAACUCUCUACCUGCACUCAUUUAUGCAGCGGCCUCAGCAGGAGAAGGUGGAGCAGCAGCAAAGCCUGAAACUGUGACCUUCCUGGAGAAAAGAGUGCAGAGGCUGGAGGCUGAACUGCAAGGCAAAGACGAAGAAGCCAAGAGGAGUCUCCGAGCCAUGGAGCAGCAAUAUCAUAAAAUAAAGAUCCAGUAUGAGCAGAGGAUUUCUGAGCUGGAGCAGCUGCUGUCCCAUAAACUCAUUCCUGAAAGAGAGGAGUCUGAUCAAUGGGCUGCCGAAGCAGGGGCUUUGGGAGAGGAAUUGAAACAAUUAAGAGAGGCUUAUCAAGCCAAAGAAGAUGCUCUCCAAAGAGAAAUUGAAACCUUGCAAAACCAGCUUUUACCAACUAAGCAGAAAGUGGCUGAAAACUGUAGGAAAAGUCCCCAGAGACCUGAAAAGCAAGUAGAAGGGACAUAUAAAAUCAAGUUGGACAAGCUCAAUCAAGAAGUGGCUGCCAAGAAUAAAACAAUACAAGAACUUUCGAGAACGGUAGAGAAGCUUCAAAAGGAAAGACGGUCCCUGCUGUCCAGACAGACAGGAGAUGGAAAAGUGUGUCCAAGCAAGCUGCACUCUUCCCAAAUGAACAAGAACAAGUCCGUCCCCAGGGCUGAUAGGAACAGUACUGGGGCAGUUGAGGGUUUUCCUGCCACUUGGGAUGAGAAAGACUACCAGCCCCAUGCCUUUGCUGGCUCGCAUAUCUCAGAAGUCCUUCAGGACAAUGAGAGGCUGGAGCGGGAAGUGGAAAGGCUUGCAUUAGACAUGGAUCAGCAGAGAGUGAAACUGCAGGCAGCGGUUGCACAGGCUGAGUGUGAGGCCCGAAGGACUCAAGAGGAGACUGCGGAAUAUGUUUCAUCAUUAAAAGCUGAACACCAGAAAGAGCUUGAGCACCUUGUCACUCAUCAUGCUUUGGAACAUUCUUCUUCUAAAGUUGCUGAACUCUCAAACAAAGUUUCUACACAGGAGAUAAUGAUCAGACAUUUACGUGAUCAAGUUAGUGAGUUACAGAAAACCAAAGAGGCUCUUGCUGUUCUACAUGUCCGUGAAGAAACUCUGCAAACCCAGAUGGCAAAGCUUUUGGAAGAACUCCGAGAAGCAAAAGAGGCUCACACACCUGAACUGAAACAUUUCUCCGCACUAGAAAGAAAAAUUAAGAAUAUGGAAAUAAGGCAUUUGCAGAGAGAACAGGAACUCCAACAGAUUAUUGAGCAGACCCGGCGCAUUGUUCAUGAGGAGCAGCAGCAAGAAGUGUCCAAGUGGAAGAGGCUUGCACAGCAGAAGACUGGGGAGCUGGAGGCGUUCAGAGUGGAGCUGGACUCGAUACUGGACGUGCUGCGGGAACUGCAGAGGCAAGGGGUUGUCAUCCCUGCUCCCCACACAGCCGCGCAACGCGUGACCGGGCUGGACUGGAGGACAUGAUAGAAGAACAGCCAAGGACUGUGGCGUAAUUUAUUGUACGCAAUCAAUGUUUUUUUUAAAGUAUUUUGUAUCGUGUUUUAUUGAAACAGCAUAAAUUAUCCAUCAAAAUAGGCUCAAACAGCUUCUUGUUUUGUUUAGUUCUCCAACAGGUUCCUUUUCAGAUGUAUAAAGUUCACCUUCCCCUAGAGAUCUCUUUUCAUUUUAGCUUUGAAACCGUAGGGCCCGUAAGGCCAUUUUGUUGUCCAAAAUGCCAAGAUUUUCAAUCCUUCACUUCAGUCUUAAGUGCAGGUAACAAACAGCAAAGGAAAAGCUCUCAAUUCUGAAUUCCUUUUCUGCCACUGAAAUGUUCAGGUUUGAUCACACACUCCUCUAAUGGGGAAGACUUAUCCGUCUGCUGCUAAGGAGGACCAUAAUUGUGCAUGUACUUGGAUGUGUUUUAUUGAAGAAAAUGCUGUGCUGCAGUGAUAUGUAUUAUUGGGAAGGUGAGAACAUUGUGUCCCUGCUUAACAGAUGCUUUCUUGUGUUGGGAUGGGAGGGUAAGCAGAUCUCAUGCCUGUGUUAUUUUAGGCAGGGUUCUAUUCCACCUGCAUUCUGAAUUCUUCAAUUAAAUCCCUUUGCAUUUUUUUAUUUUUUCUGGUUUCUAGGUUUCUCUGUGGUUUUCAGAAGUAGUUUUUGUUAGAACACUUCUUUUCUUAUGGUCUACAUUUCUUUCAAAUCCCGUUGUAUACAGUAUUACUGUCCCUUUUAACAAACUUGCACAUUCGCAACUUUUGUUUUCCAGUCAUUGUUUUACAGCUUGAAAUUCUCUUAAACUCCUUUACAGAACUGACUUUGUUAUGAUCGUGGGUAAUUUGGUCUAAUGAUGAAACUGGUACAUUUUGGAACCUGUUGUCUUGUUGCACUUUUGUGGGCUAAGCUUAAUAUUUGGAUUUUUUGAAGGAAUUGUCAAAAGGAAGUAAUUUGACUUAGAAUUCCUGUAGUAUUCCAGAAAUUAGAUGGGUAUCCCAUCCACGAUAUUCAGAGUCAGAGUUAUCCUUUGUAUUUCUAAUAUACAGUUUACAUGGCACAGUAUAUGCUCAGAAUAUUAUUUUGAAAAGUAAUAUCUGUGGCCAUUUGAAUAUAUUGACUUGAUUCCACAGUAAUCCAUUGAGUUGUCAAUAUAAUUGCCUUGCAGGAUUUUGAAUAUAUCCGGGUACCUCAUACUCUGCUCUGCUCAACACUAAAAAUUUAAAGUUCUUCUGGACUACCAUUAUAGGACACUCCUUUAUCUUUUACAGCUGUCUUUUACAUUCUACUCUUAAAUAUCUGUUUUCUAUCACUUUUUCAGUUCUCAAUCCAAAGACGUUUCCUUGAAUGAUUAUGGCCUUCAGUUAAAGAAGUAAUCCUUUUGUGUGGAAAUUCAUGAUUCAGAAGCCUUCUAAAAAUGUUAAUACACCGUACUGUGUACUGUUAUGUCCAUUAGAGCUGUUGCUUAUUCAAAGAAUUCUUACUGUGUAUAUAAUGUUGUGUAUUCCAUAACCUUACCUGUAAUUGUAUUUGAGAACAGGAUUUGUUCUAGGCUCCCUGGGAGAAGAUUAAGAGUGUGAAUGUGUGGGAGGGGGCAGUAUCGUUGUUCUGUCAAUCUGACCAAAAUUGAAAAUGACAAAAUUAACACUCUAGGUGGCAGUUGGUUUUGUAGUGUUGCUAAAGUACAUGGAGUGGGGUUUAAAAAGGAAUCCUGCCUUUGAACCAAAUUCUUUAUUAUCUUUUCAUUAACUCAUUGACCAAGAGCUGUUUAAGUACCAAAGCUGCUCUGAGAUCAGCUGGGCCACAGGUCUACAGUCAGAAAUAACACUUUGGGAAUAAACUCAUUGACUCUAUUUUGCCGAACUAAAAUCCCUCUAAUGUCACCUAAUCGUUUUGUUAAGAAAAUGUUGGUUGCAUUUCAUUUUAGAAUGAAAUGGAUAUGGAAUGGUUACUUCAGAAAGUGUUUAAUUUAAAAAAUCUGUAUGUGUACUUUCAGAGUUGUAAAUACUGUCCUUAAAACCCCACUUGUUUAUCUGUAGGUUGCGAAAUUGUACCUUUGGAGUACAGGCAAUAACAAGCAUGGUUGCCAUGGUAAACCUUAUUAUAAAGCAUAAUAGCAAAAUAAUAAAUGCAGAGGCACAGUUUAUAGCUGAACGUUAUUAUUCUGUCCUUGUAAUGAAACAAAAACAGUACAUUUCUAUAGACAGAGAAAAACCUGAAAUAGCUUAAUCUUGUAUCACAUUUUAUUUGGAAAAUAGCAAUAUUUGUCCAAACGCUUACAGAAGGACAAAUGCUUUAUAUCACUAAAUCUAUAAUUGCAGAUUUUUGUAAUAUUUAUGAAAAAAUAAUAGAAAUUAUCAAAAUGUAACUGUUUUUGUACAUUCACAUACAGUAUUAUGAAUUCUGUUUGGUAUUGCAGCAGUGGACUGAAACAUACAGUAUAAUAUGAUAUGUAUAUCAUAUUGCAAUUUUUCAUUUUGCUGCCCAUUCUACAUGAGUAUCAGUUUAAAUAUUUUUUCUGUCCUAUUCUAAUUUUGAUUACUGCAAUUUAGAAAUAUGAAUGCGUUUGUCAGAAGACCUACAUAUCAUUAUCGUUUUGUUUUUGUAGACCACAAUAGACAGUUGAAAUAAAUUGAUUUAUUGAAAUUGUCCCAGUUCACACUUGAGUAGAUUUGAUUCUGACCUACAAUACUAUGUGUUGGAAUGCACUUCACCAUCCAUAUGCUGGAUAAAACCAAUGAAUGAACUUAUGAUGACUUGAAGUGAAUAAAAUAAGAUGGCCAUUAAAAAGUGAGCUUGCCAAGUUUUGGGAUUCAUUUAAACCAAUAGAAAUAUUAUCGAAGUGCAUGAAGAAUUUUGUGAAGAUCACAAUCUUUUACAUUUGAUUUGGCUUGUGUAUGAUAAAUGUAUGAUAACACAUUAGUAUCAUUAUCAUAUCCAGAUACUGCAUCACGCAUAAUGAUCCUUCUUUUGUCUUGGUUCGGUUUCAUCAGGAUACAUACAGUAGGUGAUUUUGAUUUUCUGACUGCUGGGAAAACAACACUGAAAUAAAAAAAACCAUCUCAUUUAUCACUACCCUCCAGGAAGUGUAUACAGUUCUUUUUCAUUCAAUUAAAAUCUGGGCAAUGCUUUAUAUUAAUCUGUUGUGGAAUUCACCAAACCAUGAUUCUUGAAGAUAACUUUGUGGAAGUUGCCAGUAUAGUUUGGAAAUCACAAAAAACUCCUAGAGUUUCUCAGUGCUCAUACAGUAUAUUUAAUGAGAACCCGGUCCAUGGGGAACAUUUCAGUCUCACAUCACAGUCUGACAUUACACACAAGUGCUGUACAAAAACUGACAGCUAUAUGACCAGAGAAAAGUCACAUUUACCGCGCCCAUGGGAACCUCCACUUAUACAGCAUUAUCAGAAAGUAUGGUUAUGAGGUGGGAAAAUUCUGUUAUUUUUGUCAUUUAAGUAGAACAUGUAUCUGUCUUCUUUGGUGGGAUUUAUAUAUAACCUAGAAUAAAUAAAUAUAUAUGCACUGAGCAUUAAAAGGAAUGCUUUUAGAAAAAUACAAUAGAUGAAUUUUGAAUGUUGACUUAAAUAGUUUUGGUGUAAUUUGUGAUGGGAGUUGAUUUGGACAAGUGAUGAGGUAAUGUGAUCUCUGGAGUGUCAAGUCUUGUGAAAGAAAAACAGAAUGUAACACAAAUCGUACAAUGUAACAUCUGUAACACAUACGCUGUACAGUACAUCCUUGAGUCGUCAUUAGGUCUGUCAGUGAUAGGCCAGGAUCUGGUUGGUCAUGAGUCACAACAUCUCACCAAAUUUGAUGGGAAACUCCGCCCAACUUCCAGUUGCCCAUCCUGUCCUGACAGCUUUCCAACAGGUUAACGGACUGUAUCCGCAUGCUUCUUGUGUAAUAGGUGCUAUGUUAUGUGUUAUGGGUGCUCUACUUGCCAGACGUGCACCCCAUUGAACAUUAUAAGUGGCAUCAGAGACUAGUGAAUUGGUACAUGUUUGUUCAGGCUAAACGAGAGGAAUUAAGAUCACUUUAUUGGCCAUAUACAAUUUCUUGCAUUAAGGAAUUUCUUUUCACAUACUCCACCUUGCUCUCC